AUGUCAGCUGAAUUUAAAACUAAAGUGUCUCCUGAAGAUCAGGCACAGAUAAACGAGUUCGCUAGAGAACACAAGCAUCUGGUUGAUCUGAAGGUAAGCUAAGCUACAUUAAUAUGGUUUUAAAGAUUGUUUGUUUUUAAAUUUGUUACAAAUCAAAUUUUGUUAGAAAAACACAAGUUUUUAGAGAGGGGAACUUUAGGUUAUAAAAAUACGAAGAAGAAUGUUUUAUUUUAAAACUAAACUUCUUUUACUUUCUAAACAAGUUUAACUUGUAAAACUAACAAACUGUUAACAAGUGACACAUUUCAGUCCGAAUACAAGAACCUCGAGAAAGAGAAGGCUAAUUACGACGACGCAAAUGACGAGUUGAUCAUUUUGGACGAGACUGACGGCCCAUUCGCCUACAAGUUCGGCGAAUCUUUUAUAUACCUGGAUCACGACGAGGUGACGAACAAACUGGAGACAGCCAGCGCGGCAUGCGAGAAGAGAAUGGAAGUGUUUCAAAAGCAGAUAGAACAGGCUUCGAAACGACGAGACCAGCUGAAGGAGCAGUUGAGGAAGAAGUUUGGAGAUAACAUUGGUCUGGAUGACGAUGAAGAAUAG